ACCCUUGGGUGUUUGGAAAUGUUCGCUAUUUGUGUUAAAUUCUGAGAGACUUGAAUGAAAAGAGGCAUGCUUUAGGGCGUCAAUAGAGGGAUUUCCGAUUUCCCAGCCCAGCAGUUCCUUGCCAGCGCGUGAAAAGCGGAAAGAGUGAAAGUCGUAUUCAUUGGCCAGUCCAAUUAAUUUCAAACUGCGCGAUUUGCAGGAGAAGAUGUGUCUAUACCUGCAUGUGCAUGUGUAUCUGUGUGCGAGGAGGCCCACGGUUGUGUGUGUGAGCAGCGUGUGAGUGUGUGGGUGUGUGAUGGUGUGUGGGCACACUGGAAAGAAUCAAUAAAGGAUGUGCUGCGGAUUGCUAAGCGAGAAAAAAGGACGAAAAGUACGAAUUAACGGUUAACUUUUGACACGAUUAACGCCAAAAAACGGUUUAAUAAGCCCAACGAGAGAGCGCAAGAGAACUUUGAAAAUAACGAGAGUGCACAGUUAAUUAGCAAAUUAGCGAGUGGGUGGCCACAGGAUUCCAGGAUUUCGCUAUAUUUUGGAUUCCUGCACAUGAACAAGAUGAUGAGAUACUGCCUGAUAAUUGCAUUGCAGCUGUCGUUGGCAUACUCCGUGGAGGUGCACUUCGAGGCGCCGGACAGCGGCUUCUUCCUGAAGCACGCCCGCCAACCACCUGUGACGCCGGAAAUCGCCAAUGUGCAGACAUCCUCAGCGGUGCCUCCGCUGCGGCAACGAUCCUCUUACGAUUCCGUGCUGUCCCUGGACAGAUUCACCGUCGUGGAGACCACACAGCCGGUGUCCAUUCGCGCCAGCUACGGACCCUUCUCCACCAAACAGACGGUGCCAGCCCGCUACAUUGUGCCGGACACAAUGGACAGCCAGUCGGGCGAUUACAUGAGCAAUGCCACUUUACUGGAGCUCCAGCAGCCCAACAUGCAUCUGGAUAUCUCAGCCCAUUUGGUUCGGUCUAGCGUUUCGCAGGAUGCUCCCGUUCUUCGGGUACUCUUCCACGCCGGAGCCGAUCCUGGUGGUCAUUUGCAGCGGCAGAAGGUGUGUGUGCUCCUGCACGUGGCCAUGGGCUCCGAGCUGCCCCUCAAGGGACGCUGCAUGCCGGAGGGCGAGGACGGUGUCUGCGUGGCCGAGGUGGUGGUUCCCCUCGGCUGGUGGCCACAGCUCCCGGCGCCCACUCAAGAUGGCAGUGGCCAGGCGCCACCCAAGGUGCCGCAACGCUACGCCCAGGUCUCCUACAGUGUCUUUGAACCUCCAUUGAGAAACCCCGAGCAAUGCGAGCCAAAGGUGCAGAUCCAACCGCUGACCACCUUCGCCCAGGUGCCCCUGCUGGCCGCCAGGACUCCCUAUCGCAUGCUGCGCGCCGAUGAUGCCGUCACCUUUCUGCUGCCCCAGCACCCAUUGUAUCCACUGUCCCGUCUCCAUGUGCCCGUCUUUCUGCAUCAAUAUCCCGAUCAGCGGGUGGCCGCCUUUACGGUGAGAGCCCGGGUCAAGGCGGGCUUGAGGAUUCUGGGCGCCACUGCCUCCACGGAUCAGUGGAGCGUCUCUGUGGAAAAGGAGAAUCCCAAGCACACCACCGCCCGUGUCACCGCUUUCCGCAAAGAGGCCGAAUCCAGUCUGGAAAUUGGAGCCAACCUAACCAGCGAGGUAUUUGAGGUGUUCUCAUGGCUGCUCGAGGUGGCCGAGGACACCAAUGAUAUUGUGGAUGGCGGCAAGAUUGUGUGGUCCGUGACCCAUGUCUAUGACACGCCCAAGGACAAGGACUCCGGGGAGCUGGUAAUACCCGAUGACAACAAGAAGCGACUGAUUGCCAAGCUGGAGAUCAACAAGGAUGACAUUCAGGCGGUGCUGCCGAUGGCCAAGAUCUGGGAGGUCAUGAACACGGCGGUGCUAACAGGCAGACAAGUGGCCCAGGCCAUGAAGGUGUUUAUCGUUUCGCAGGCGGGCAAAGUGGCCGAUGUGACGCUCCAGAGCUCCUGUCACGCGGAAGACGAAAGCGUGAUUAAGGUCUCAUCCUCCUGCAGCUCUGUCUAUGUGGAUGGUUCCGAGCAGCGUGGCUCUUCGAAUGCCUCGGUUAUUGUCAAGUAUGGUACCUAUGUGGGCGUGGCCAAGUUCAUCGUCUGGAUGCCCGAAUUCCCUCUGGAGGUUUACAUAUCCGAUUUCCGUCUCUCCCAAAUCAAAGGAUGGAAAGUAACCGAUGAUAAUCAUUAUCUACAUAACAAGCAGUCGCGCCGAAGAAAGAAGAGAUCCUACGUUUGGGGGCAGCAUGGCACCAAUUACUACAAUAAUCUUGGAGCAGACAAGACUGUUUGUCGAGCUCGUUAUCAGCAAAGUCCCGUGGAAGUGUACGCCAAGUUCCUGGCAGUGGAUCAGAACUCUGGACGCACCAGCUACUUUAUCUCCCGGCGUACAGGCUUAAGGGUCACGGAUCUGGUGCAGCCGCUGCUUCGUGUGGCCGAUCCCAAAAUUGCUUCCCUGAAGGGACGUAUUUUGCAGGGCAAGUCCAUGGGACGCACCGAUGUGCAGGUUUUGUCACCCAUUACGGGUCGUGUAAUUGGCACCAAGGAGAUCCGUGUGGGCAGCGACAAGGUCAACCUUUCCAAACUUAUUGUGCGCGUCAUCUCGGGCCUGCAGCUCACCAUCAGUCCGGACAACACGAUUGAGAACGGAUAUCUGGCGGAGACCUCUGUCACCCAUAAACUGACUGCUCAGUAUCAGGAGGGACUGCUUGAUAUCGAUCUGGAGUUCACCGAUGGCUCCAAGACUCCGUUGCGGGACAUUGCCGUGGAGGACUACUUUCUGCUGGUGGAGAGUCUGGACACCGAGGUGGUGGCCUUUGCCCCCAUGCUGGCAUCCCAUCAUCCGCGGGUCAUAGCCGUGGGCGAGGGCAAUGGUAACCUGCUGCGCGUGACCCUAUUGCUUUCCGAGGAGUGUCGCCAGCGACGUGGCACCUUGACCAGCUCGAAACAGAACAAAUCGAAUGCUGCGCCGCUGGCCAGUGCCUUGGCGUCGAUCGAAGUGGAUUUCAACAAUGUGGAUAUCGUGAGCAAGCAGGAGGCGAUUCAGAAUGAUGGCACUGUGGGCAGGGAAAGGAAGAACUACAGACAAACGGGCGAUCUGGCUGAUAUUAUAGUAGGCAUCCCUUUGCGGGACUCUAGUCAGCUCUAUGAACCUACUGUUCAGGCGCGCCAACAUCGUGGCAGCAUCCAAGCGGUCCAUAAGGGUCAUCAUGGCAAAGGCCUUGCUGGCACUGGUACCAUGACGACCAUGGAACUGGGCAUGUACGUCCUGCUCACGGCCUUCUGCUUCGCUAUUAUUGUCUUUGUGAUCUCUUGCGUGGUCUACGCAUCCAAAUUCCGGCCAGCCAUGAUUGAAUCUGGCUUGGAUCCCCUGUCGGCGGGCAAGGGCAGUGGGUCGGGAGGAUCGGGUGGCUUCCGGGAUGUGCGCUUGAAGGAGUCGACUACGAACGCCCACGAUUGGGUCUGGUUGGGACGGUCCACCAUCGACCGCCAGUCAAUUGUGGCUGAAACCAACACACAUCUAAAUCCACGCGAUUCCCGCAUGCGCAUCACCAGCAAUCCCAUUGUGAGCUACGACAAUGGACGACGCGUGAGUUCCUUUGACCAACAGCCCAAGCUACAGACGCAUAUUGUGCCGGCCUCCAAUCUGAACAAGCAGCAUGCCGACCACUACCUGGCAAAUGAGCGCAGGGAUAACGCCUUGGACUACAAGCCGCCAGUGCCGCCGCAUAGGAAUGUGGGCUCCCGAGCCUGUUUGCCGGUUCAGCCUGUUCCCGGGUCCGGAUCCGUAAAGGAUGCCCCCAACAAGCGACACAGCCAGCUGUACAAACGUGAGCAUCUUCAGAGUAGCGACAACAAUGCCAACCCACAGCCGACACAGCAGCCGAAUCAGCAACCGCCUCAUCCACUGGCCCAUGGACAUCCACAUCCCCACCCGCUCCAGCAUCAGCGGAGCCAUAGCCACAGCCACAAUUUCAGUCAGGAGCCACUCAUCAAGGCGGCGCAAAACAAGGUUAAGCAGCAGCAGCAACAGCAGCAGCAGCUGCAACACGAGGAGCUGCACAACGCUGAAAAGCUGGUGGAGUAUACGAAUCCGCACCAGAAGAACGCGUUUCAGUUCGAUUCGCUAACACCAAAGAGAGUUACCAAAGCAGCCGCGUCCUCGCCGGCAACGCCGUCCACAGCAGCAGUCCAGGGCAAAGCUAAGGCAGAAAACCACAGCAUGGCCAGCAGCACUGGGGAUGCGGCCAAUUCGAAUGGAACGGACGAGAUCAUGCGGCUGCCUCCCAGCGCCGUCAGCCAGGAGCCCACCACGAAAUCGUCGCGUGUCAAACGCGCCACCGUGGUGGGCAAUCCGAUGUUCUCGGCCACCGUCGACGAGUCCGUCGCCCCCGGAGAGCGUCUUGGACUGGACGACCUCGACAUGGACUACGAGCAGAUCAUGCACUACUUUGACAACCUAAAGGAGUCAAAUGCCUGAGUACAGGAGAUCAUUGCUAAAAUUCGCGAGAUAUUGUCCACGUUCCAUCACCGCUAUCAGACGGUUGCCACGCCCCUAAACUCGCCCACUCGCAAGCAGAUGCAGCUGCUCGACGAGCUGGUCGCCGGAGUGGCAACGGCCACAGCAAUCACCGCAACCAAGCCAACAUCCUUGCCGCUGGCUGAUGGAGAAGCUGAAGCAUUCGAUGCCUACGAUGGAGCGUUGGACAUCGAGAGCAGGCAGUUCUAGACGUCAACAUGGCACAGGUCUACACGCAAUUCUAGCAAUAUCCCCAGUACUCUAAUAGGAAACCUUGAGGUCGCUCCACCCACUAAAACAAAAACAAUCCAUGCUGAGGUCGAAAAAGGCAGGCAAAUAGGCAAGAAAACCUAAAUACGUCGAUGGAAAAACAUAUUUAUUGCUAGGCUAAGUUCAUAUUAAAGCAUACACCUAUAGGCAUAUGUAAACGUGGAGAUAAUCCAAGUGUAUCUCGAGGAGCGCGUGCCUGACACAAUCGGAAUCGACGGGCAACCACAUAUAGUAUCGACUAUCUAUAUCUCUGUAAUUGUAACUGUAUCUGUAUCAGUAUCUGCAUAAGUACUAUGGUGUAGUUAAGGAUCAGCCAUUUAAAGCAUAGCUUAAUCCAGACAUUUUUUCCCAUUCUCUUCGCUUCACACACACGCAUCUCUAGAUAAAGUCGCAUGUCCCGUCUGAUCCGUCUGAUUCCAUUCAACUUCUCUAUAUUCACACGAUCUCGGCCCGAUCUUGCAUAUCCUAUAGAUUCUCUCUGCUGUGUAUGUAUGUGUGAGUGCAUUUUGUGUGUGCGUGUGUGUGCGCCAGGGAAAGUGAGAUAGAGAGAAAGCGAAAGUGAGGGAGAUAGCACAGAGAGAAAUAGAGAAAAGAGGAGAGUUUCCAAAAUGUGCCGGGCACCGCUCCCAAAAGUCGCUAGAACUUAAAAACUGAAUAAUAUACAUGCUCUAUACAAAUAUAUAUAUAUAUAUAUAUAUAUAUAUAUAUUUAUGAAUAUAUACCGCGCGCUAAAUUUAAAGAAAAUCGAACAGAUAACCCAAAAUGCAGCAUUAUCUAUUACGAAAACUCGAACAGAAAACAUCGCUUUAUAAGUUGGUUAUUGAAGCCUAAUACCUAAUACCAAUCAUAAAACUAAACUAGAAGAGGAACACACAAACACAACUCAAAUAAUAUAUAGACGCUUCUGAGCUUUAUUUGAUCGAUUGCAUUGAAAAGAAGGCUAAAAGCAGAACAGAACCCCAAAACCAAACCGAACCGAACAGAAUCAUAAAUAGGGGAAAUGUGUAACCAAAUAUUAUAUGAUAUUACCGAGCGAUCCAAGCUUUAUAUAACAAAUUUACCAUAUUUAUAGCAUACGAGCGUAUUUAUUAUCAUUAUUAUUAUUACGAUUAUUAUUAUCUUGUCUUAUGAUUAUCAUUAUUGUAUUUAUUACCAACGAGAAAAAGGAACAAGUGCAAAAUUACUUCAAAUCCAAAUUGAAAAGCCAUAUUUUGAAUAGCGAAAUUAGACACACACACACACCGUAACACGCAAGGCUAAAUCAAAUGCCGCCAGGAUACGCCAAGUCCUCCUCCUCCUAAAGUGGCUAGCAUACCCCUAACUAUAUAGAGAUAUAUUACGAUAUAUAUAAAAGUAUAUAUUCACUCACUUGUGUGUCACACGCGCGCUCUCUUUCUAAGCCGAUCAACACGUAUCUAUAUGUAAUUGCAUCUGUUCGUUUUCCUUAUCUAUAUGUACGGACACUAAACGGAUGUAUAUCAUAGCACCCAAGAGCUACUUCAUUCCAUUAGCAAAUCAUACUUAUAGCCACUAAUCGCGUAUCUUGUCUUCUUUCGUUUUUGUGUAAGUCUGUUUAUUUUCGUUUGUAAGAUCUGUAACCACAUCUGUAUCUGUAUCUGUAUGUAUAAGUGUCUCACCCGAUUAGUUUAUAUUUUAGAGGCCAUCUAAGUAUUAUGUUCGUAUCUCUCAUUGUUUCAUAAUCAUAUGUUGUAAAUUGUUCCGUCCAAAAAAAAAAAUAAAUGAGAAACAAAAACAAAACAAAGCUGAAUGAAAGAUAAAAAAGCAAACAAAACAAAGCAAAGCAAACAAUUGUAAACGAAAAUAAGCAAUCUAUAUCUGAUUUUUGUAAGGCCAAGAAAGGCCCAGAAUGAAACGCACGAAAGCAUUGUUUGUAAACUAAAUUUGUAGUCCUUGAAAAGACUUUUGGACAUUUAUUGCACUGUACUGUACAUAACGUGUUAAGAGUGCAGUGCGUUUCGCAGCUAUAAAAGCAGUUGUGGCUGAAAUUAUGAUCGAACAGUCUCGAAGCAUGAUUCUUAUGUCAAGAAAUAACCUACAUUUUGAAACAACAGCCUGGCUUUAUGGCUCGCUAACGCACUGUGCAUAUUAUUAAACUUAAACUUGAGUUGCUCUCUAUCGAUCUAAGGACUGCAAAACCACACGCAUACACAAAGGACACAUCACAAUCCUAUUGAUUUCGACCUGUAAUAUCAUUAGCAUAUAUGUAUAACUAGAAUCAAUUGUUUGCCCCCUUCCCCUGCCCCGGCUUUCUUUGUGACCCAGUAACCGUAUGUAGCACUUUGACAUAUCCCCGAUCCUAGUCCGCACAACAAAACAUAUACACACCCACUCUCAGUCGAGCUGCACUGCCAUUGGUGAAAGUGAGAUUUAGGCCUAUUGAAGCUUCCAGCAUUUACCAGUGCCAUAUGUAUAACUUUAUAUAACUUUACCCACACGCCCUGAAGUACGGUGAUCAAUCCAGCGAUUGAUUUCGGCUAGCAUCGAGCUUAGCACAGGCUUUCUUCCAAGCUUGCUUGUUAGACAGACAGUAAAUGAAAAAACAAAACAGCCUCCCUCCAUUAAAAACUUAGUCUUAGCUGAUCCAUAACUCAAUGGAGACCAGACCCAAUAGAACAACCUAGGAAAAUUUGAGUGGCGCGAGGCGAAGAGCGAAGAACACAAUUUUUAAUCUAGACAAAUGCUUGGCUUCAAUUCGCGGAUCGGUUUGAUCCUUCUUGUAUGUGUUUAAUGAUUCCAAUGCAAAGACUUUUAUAUACCUUUUUUGACUAAAUAUAUACGCGUAUACACCUAUAUAUUAUAUUAUAUAUUAUUGUUUAGCAUGUUUCGACUGUAGUUUAAGGCGAAAUUUAGAUGCUCUCUAGUCAGUUCAAAGCGUUUUUUAUUCGUUUUGUCACCCCCACCAUACAAACAAACACACAUACACACACACUCAUAGUUUUAUAUAGUCAAGGCAAGCUUUUACCGCCCCCUGCCACGCCCCACCCCCCUAAACCUAAGCUGUAUGUAAUUGUAUGUAAUAUCGAACCACAAAAAACCGAAAAAAUGCACUUAAAAUAUGAAAAUGAUUAAAAAUGAAACGAGAAACUUCUGAUUUUUUUGUCAAACCCAUUGAUACUUGGAAAAUCGUCGAUUUAUAUAUAUAGUUAAUAACACUACCUAUAUCGUGGCAAACAAGGCGCCGGCUAAGUGUAAUGCAAACAAAAAAAAUAUUCAUAUAUAAUAUAAUCGAAAAAUUAUACAAAAGCAAAGAAAAAUGAAAAUCACAAAAGUUGUUUAUGCUGCUUUUUGCAAAAAUGGAAAAAAAAAAA